UAUACAUUAGGAUUACGACGCUCAGCUAGCUCCGUGGUGUUUUGAACAUGGAAAACGAGAGUUCUCAGGCCAAAGCUGCCAGAACACUCAAGGAAACAUUUUUCCAGGUCUUGCUGAGCAAUGAUUACAAUGCAUUGAAGGAGAUCCUGAGGCAAAAGAAGAUAGAUGUUGAUACGGUUUUUGAAGUGGAAGAUGAAGACAUGAUCCUGGCAUCUUAUAAACAAGGUUACUGGCUACCAAGUUACAAAUUAGGGAACUCCUGGGCAGCCGGCCUGCACUUAGCCGUGAUGCUUGGUGACCUGAAGACCAUUACAAUGCUACUGAAUCAUAACGCCAGUAUAAACUACCAACCGAAUGGGAAAACGCCUUUACAUGUUGCAUGUGAGGUGAAAAACAGGGACUGUGUUAGCAUUCUGUUGCACCAUGGAGCCAAAGUAAACUCAUUCUCACUGAGUGGACAUACGCCGUUACAUUUAUGUAAAACCAAGGAGUCCAUUGCAUGUGCAAAACUCCUGAUCUGGAACGGCGCAAAGUUGAAUCUUCAGACUGAGAAUGACUAUAAAGAGACACCACUGCACAUAGCCGCCCGUUUCGGUGUAUCUGAACUAGUGGCACUUUAUGUUGACCAUGGAGCCAAUGUUGACAGUGUCAAUAUCUAUAUGGAAACGCCGCUCAUUGCCGCUAUUUACUGGGCACUAGACAUGAAAGAACAACAAUACAGCAUAAACCAUCAUCGGAUUUGUAGAAUGCUAAUAGACUAUGGAGCUUCUGUAAAUGCUCGAGAACGGGAUUUUAAGUCUCCACUUCACAAAGCUGCAUGGAAUUGUGACCACCUACUUCUACAGAUGUUGUUAGAAUCAGGUGCUUUUGCUGGUUCAAUGGAUGUUAAUGGUUGUGCCCCACUUCAAUACCUCAUGAAGGUGACAGCAGUACGACCAGCAGCAAAGCCAGAGAUUUGUUAUCAACUGUUGCUCAACCAUGGGGCUGCAAGGAUCUACCCUCCCCAAUUUCACAAGGUUCUACAAUCAUGCUGUGCCAGUCCAAAGGCGGUUGAAGUCCUGGUCAAUUCUUACGAAUCAAUUCAUUCUACGCGAAAAUGGAGAAGUGUUAUACCUGAUGAUAUUUUAGAGCAACAUUCAGCGUUUUAUAAAUCUCUGUUCGACGUCUGUGGAAGAUCACCCCGCUCUCUGGUGCACUUGGCUCGAUGUACUAUUCGGAGAGUGUUACGAGCAAGGUGUUACAGUGCCGUGCCAAAACUUCUCAUCCCACAUCGACUUAAACAAUAUAUUUUAUUAGAGCCAGAAGGUGUGAUGUACUGAACAUCAGAAUUCCAUUUUAACUUUAAUGUGAGUAUGUUCACACUUACAAAAGAGUUAAUGAACGUUUUAAUCUUCACUUAUUAACAUUAAAAUCCUCCUCAAUUAAAUCAACACAUUGAACACAUCUAAGGGCACUUGUUUUGCUGUUAGCUGCAAAGGAAGCUUGUUUUCCUGCUGUUAUGCUUUUACAAACUUUCUGUGAGCUUUUGACCAGGAACAUAAUCUAGAAGGCCUUUGAGGUGAUCUUCUGUAACAGUACUGAUACUCUACCCCGCCUAGCGCAGCUGGUCCUUACCCGUAACAACUUUUCAUUUCACUCCUCCCAUUUCCUCCAAAUACAAGGCGUAGCUAUGGGCACGCACAAGGGCCCAAGCUAUGACCGCCUCUUUGUAGGGUACGUCGAACAAUUCUUGCUCGAGGCGUACCGUGGCCCUAUCCCCAAACUCUACCUCCUCAACAUCGACGACUGCAUUGGUGCUACCUCCUGCACCCAUACAGAACUCACUGACUUCAUCCAUUUCACCACUAACUUCCAUCCGGCACUCAAAUACACCUGGACCAUUUCCGACAUCUCCCUACCGUUUCUAGACCUCACUAUGUCCAUCG